ACCGGCUCAGCCCAUUUAUCACACACACAACUACCCACACACUUCUCUUCCCUCACACCGGAGACACAUCUAAAUUUCAUAAAUUUCCGUUCAUUCCCAAUUCAAAUAAUCAGCAAAAUGAACAAGCUGUAUGUAGGAAAACUUAGCCGUGAUGUAACUGAAGACGAGCUUCGAAAACUCUUUGAGGACAACGACAUCCCAGUCCAAGAAAUCCUGAUGAAGAAAAAUGGAUUUGCAUUUGUGGACGUUUCCAACGAAGAGUUGGUCGAAAAGGCCACCGAAAAACUGAACGGUUAUCAUCUACAAGGAGGGCACAUCAAAGUCGAGCCAUCAGUUCCAAGGAAAGCAAGAAGUCAAAUGGAGAAUGGAUCCACAGGAAACCAGGGUAACAGGUUGAAGAUCAUCAUCAUGAAUGUACCAACAAAAGUUGAACACAAAGAGAUUGAAAAGCUUGCUACAACCUUUGGAACUGUCACACUUUUUGAAGCCUCCCCGUCCAAGAAUGAUAGUGGUACAUAUGCUGUGGUAGUGACCUAUGAACUACCAGAGCAAGCAGAACAAGCCAUCAGACAACUCAAUAAUUUUGAAUACCAGGAGUCCAAACUCAGGGUCAAAUUCAAGAAUGGUGGACGUGGUGGACCAGGAGGUCGCUUUAAUAACAGGAACCAAGGAGGCCCUGGAGGCAUGUACCACCAGCAACAGAAUGUACCAGAUACAUCCAAUUUCCCUGUCAGAAUUCUUGUCCGAAGUGAAUUUGUAGGAGCAAUCAUUGGAAAGGGUGGCAACAACAUCCGAGCAAUCACCAAGGAAACAGGAUGCAAGGUUGACAUCCACCGAAAGGACAACAUUGGAUCAUCAGAGAAGGUACAGGCUGUAACAAUCUGUGGAGAGCCCCAGCAGGUGACAGAGACCAUCAAGAAGAUCGUUGAAGUCAUGAUCAAGGAAAGCAGCGAGGAAUCUCACACUGAUAUGCCUCUGAAAGUGCUGGCCCACAAUGCCCUUGUCGGUCGUCUAAUUGGAAAGAGCGGAUCAUCAAUUAACAGCAUUAUGGAAGAUUCCAAGGCCAAGGUCACCGUUUCUCUGAUCCAAGACCUGACGGUGUUCAACCCCGAGCGUACCGUGACCAUCUACGGCACCCCCGAGCAGUGCAUCGCCGCCGAGGCGUUGAUCAGCAAGAAGCUGCGUAAAGCCUACGAGAGCUACAUCCAGAACCUCCAGCCCCAGCAGCACGACCUGUUCCCUGGCCUGAAUCACAUGUCUCUCAUGUCAGGUGGUAUGCAUCAUCCUGGACAGCAAGGCCCACCAGGACCACACUAUGGAGGACACGGUGGACCUGGAGGACCAUUCGAUGGUGGUCCCCACUAUCCUAACCAGCCCCCAAUGAAUAUGCCACAUGGUGGACCCCAGCAAGGCGGCGGCGGCGGCGGCGGCAUGAACCAAGAGCCUAGUGAGACGACGUACCUGUUUGUGCCCAGGGAAGCUGUAGGUGCCCUCAUCGGAGUAGGAGGAAAGAACAUCAGGAACACUGCUCGUGCCUCAAACGCUACCAUCAGGAUUGCACCAGCUGGCAAUGAAGAUAGCAAUGAGCGUUGUGUGAAGAUCAUUGGAACUCCAGAAUCUCAGUGGCGUGCUCAGUUUUACAUCUACGAUAGAAUCCGCUCUGAGGGAAUCCUUGGCAGUGGAGAGGUUCAUCUAAGGUCAGAGAUUGCUGUACCAUCUCAACUUGUUGGGCGCAUCAUCGGCAAGAGGGGACAAAGGGUGAGGGAGCUACAGCGUGUUACCGGAGCUCGUGUUGAGGUCCCACGUCGCAGGGGGGACGGAGCUGGAGAUGAGGGCAGCGGCACCCCUGAACCACCAACAGAAAGCAAUAACCAAAAUGGAAACAACAGUGGAGAUGUAGUCGUCAAGCUGGAGGGACACUUCUAUGCUAACCAGGCCGCUCAAAGACGCAUCCGUCAAGCCCAUCAAGAGUACGUCCAACGCCAAAACUUCCAGGGUAGACCAGGUGGCAGACGUUUCUAUCGUGGUGGACCAAACAACCAACAUGGUGGACCAAACCAACAGCAACAGCCACAACAGCAGCAGCAACAACAGCAGCAACAGUAACAACAUCCUGUUGCAGCCACUGGAAUGACAUCACCAAGGGAAUUAAAAAUUAAGUAACGGAAAUUUUAACGUAGUAAGGGGAAGCAUAAAAAAAGAGAUUUCAAGCACUGCCAAGCAUUGUUAAUGAAUUUGUUUGAAGAAAAAAAAAGUGCAAAGAAGAUAAAGAAGAAGUGAAAUUAAACCAUUUUACAAACACUUCAAAAGAAAUAGAAUUAAAGAGAAAAAAAAGAUGAAUUGUUAAAUCUUGGCAAGUGUGUGAAGGAGUAUAUAUAUAUGUGAGAGUGUGUCGAUGAGAAAGAGAGAGAGAGAGAGAGAGAGUGUGUGUGUGCGUGUAUGUGUGUUUGUUAGUUUGUGUGUGAAAGUAAAUGACCACAGUUUGUGACAAUUUAACUGUGAUCAUGUGCAAGAGCACACAAUCUUGAACUUUGAAAGCUUAUGAAGUAUUUGCCAAAAGAAACAUGGACAAUGUAAAAGAGAUGUAACGUUGUCCUAGUAGGAUGGGUGGGGUUGGGUUUGGGAUUGGGAUUUUUUUUUGGUUAAUGUCUUGGCAGGAUUAUAGUAAGUUGAAGUCUACUUCUCAAUUUUGCCACCCUUUCCGCGAGAAGAUAAGAUACCAUAGUUUCCACGAUGCUUUCACCAUUACAACUUGGGGCCAUUUAAAGUGGUCGGUUUUGAGUUUGAUUGAUGAAGAGUAAUGAGAUUGUUUUUUGAAAGCAUCAUGGAAAUUGUAAUCCCAUUCAUAUUUGUCUAUAAACAUGAAUAGAAAAGGGUGGAUUCUUGAAGGCCAUUUCUUGUUUCUGAAUUUGAUAUUGGACCUACCUCAGUUUUCUCUUCCAAACAUCCCUCUAGGCAGUAGACCAGAAACAUUUCAUGCAGAAGAGUUUAAAGGGGUUAAAACCUACAUUUAUAUGGAAAAUUUCAAUCGAGAAGUGACUGUGAAAUGAAAAGAGUUGUGGAACAUUUUUUUUUUACUCCAAAUUUGCUGCUUGGGUGUGUCUAAAGAUGAUUGCCUUAUUGUACAACCGUACCUCAAAGUGUAAUUAGGGGUUUUCUUGAAUGUAGGGCGAGGUAUUGAGAUGGCUCUUCUGCAUGAAACAAGAAAUAGUCUUCAAGUUUAAUCAUUAAUGUAACAAACCUUGACUUGUGCAGCAAAACACACAAUUGUAACUAAAGAAGGCGAAUAGUUUGACCUCCCGAUGAUGGGGGAACUCAGAACAAUCUGCUAGAUAUUGAUUGACGACAAGCAAACAACAUUCCGGCAACCAAUUAGUUUUUUUAAAUGUUAGAGAAGGAUUUUCAUUUUGUUUUCAGCGAGGAUAAUGAUGCUGAGAGACAUACAAACAUGGGUUGGGAUUUAUUGUGUGUUUAUUUAUUUUUUUCCCUUUUUCCUUGACUUUUCUAAAUUCUUGCAGAGUUUCUCAGAUGUAUUGAUGAAAUUCUGAGAUGACUGUAUAUUUUAUGGCCAGUCAAAGUUAUAAGAAAGAAAGAAAGAAAGAGAAAGAAGAGUUUAUAUUUCUUACUUUAUUUUUUACUUUUGAUAUAAAAAAAUAGAAAAAAAAUAUGAAUGAAACGGUCCAAUUGAAAAAGCCAAUAUAGACGUGUCAACUCCUACCCACUUUUCAUGGACACAUGGGUUGGGUUUGAUCAGGAUCUGCACAACUCCUUUAUUAAAAAAGAAAAGAAAUUUAAUCAACCCAUGUAGUAUUUAAAAAGCAGGGAAAUAAUGAUAUUUUUGGUGCCAAAUGUUUUUGCUUUGCUGGUAUCUAAUUGUUUGAUGAUACGAGUGGGGUCUGUUCUACCCUCCAAGUUUUUGUUAAUAAAUAGCAGAAUAAGAAAGUGUUACCGUGUAAAGGCAGUACAGAAGGGGUCAAAGGUCAUGGUGAUUUUUGUCCAGGUACGCUGCCACCAUAAGUCAAGUUAAAACUGUUUCCACAACCUUUCAACAUCUAAGGGAAACACAAAAGUUAUUAAAAAAAGAAGAGAAAAAAAAUCAACAGAAAAAUGGAAAAAGCAAAAAAAAAAGGUUAUGUCAGGGCAAGAGUGCCCAUCGUAUAAAACAACAUCGGCAGUGUUUAGUGUCUGCCGGCUUGAUUUCUUCACCCAUCGGUCAUACACAACUCUUGGGUAGAUCUAUACGAAAGAAACGUGAUGUCAGCAUUCAAUCUGGCUGCAUCUUCCUAAGCCAUGUGUACAUCGUUUCUGUGUCUGUGCAGUCGAGUCCUACAAACGGACAACAGAGUCAGGGGACAUUAGCAGAACAUUUCUGUUUGACCUUAUUUCAUUUGAGGAUCGGGUCUCCGACCCCCAAGUAGUCGGCUGUACCUCGCAGACGAGACGAUGUAGGAUGGAUAUUAAUUUCUUGCGCAAGUAGUCACAAGUGGAGUAUCUAUAUAUUAUGUGAUUUAUUUUCUUUCCUUUUUGUCAUGUUUCCUAGUCAAUGAUUGAAUAAUGUUGUAUUUACUUGUAAUUAGUAGAGAGCAGAAUGAGACAUGUUACAGACAUGCUUAAUGGGAUGUAGCGCGAACCAGUUACAUUGGCAUGUCGUGCUCACGUAUGUUUAGUCUUAACUAACAACCAACACAAUGUAAUGUAUUAAAGAAGUCUUGAUUGAGUUUGUGAGUUGAGUUAAAGCAGACUUUCUUGUAUGUUAUACUCACACAGACAUCAAACAUCACAUAAGUCUGUACUCUGUAGUUUAAAAUGCAUGGUAGAUAUUAAGAAUCACAAUAUGUAUGAAUGGUUCAUAAGGUUGCAUUAUCUGUAGAAAUAUAUACCGUACCUAUAAAGUUUUUUUCCGUAGUGUUUAUUUUAGUGCUUUUUACGACUUCUCCCAACCAGAUAUCUCUGUAGAUUGUGAGUGAGGUUGUGAUUUUAAGAGCCUCUUUCUAUUCUUAUAGGGAAUUGGGCUGGAUCAAUAUGUAGCGAUGCCCAGAAUGAUAUGCUUAUAUACAGUGAAACUUCAAAUAGGCAACCAAUCAGCUGUAGGGUAAAUCUAGAAAAAAUAGUCAAUGCAUGCAAUUUAUUUGUGUAGUACUGUUUGUCUUUUGCACCUUAACACUCGUCACAAUGGUCUUAACAUUUUGCAUACCCUCAUUGCCGGUACAAAUAGAAGUCAAAUUAUACUUAUAUAGCAUAUUUUUUUGAGCAUUUCAAAGUUUUCAUGAAGAUUUUCUUUCGGGGAAUGGAUUCAUAAUCAUUUGUGGACUGCAUGCAGCUGUGCUGAUGCAUCCAGAUUCUUGUACAGUAGUUUUCAAAUACUCUUUAAGGAAUUACUAUAUACUUGUUAUUGAAAAUUUUGGAAGAGGAAUUUUUCGAAUGGAAUAUUUUGGAUUUUUGUUAUCUCUCUCCAAUCAAAUGUACAUUUUUGUAGAUUUAGAAUUGACAUUUGCACCAUUUUACAAUUUUUCAUUCUUAUGCAGUCGGGCAACCUCCACUUGUGACUUCUUGUGUAUUGCCGUCGUGAAAUUGAUUUAUUUCACGCAUCAUUCAUAGAAUCGAUCUAGCAUGUUUUUUUGUUUUAAGUGAUUGUGAAUUCCAAAUGAUAACAUGGUAUACGAGCAUUUGGUUGAUGUGAAAUAAUGCCUUAAUUACAUCUUAUGAAUGUUGAGUUAAAGGGCAAUCCAACCCUUCAAUUGUAUGAAAGCAUGAAAACAAGAUAAGCAGAACAGUGAGAGUUUGAAUUACUGAUACAGCCAAUUUGAAGAGCCCAUACCUCUAUAGUGAUUACAUCUGUCAAAAAUUCAUAACUUUCUUAGUUUUUGUCCGAUUUCGUUCAAACUUUUGCCAGUCUGCUCGUCUUAUUUUUCUGCUUUCCUUGGCUCCUAGAGUAGUUUGCUAGCGCGGUUGGAUUUCCCUUUAACGACACAGAUACACACUACCUCUACAGUAAGUCAGCAGGUCACCGACUGACCCACGUCAAUGGAAGGACGUAUGACAUUGCAGUAUCAGCGACUGACUGCUGCAUGGUGAAUAACACGGGUGUUAGAUAUAUAUAUAUUUCCAUGUGGCACGCGCAGUCAGUGCUCAAAGCCAUUCACUCUUUCAUUGGUGCGGGUCAGUGGAAUAUUUGCUUUGAAGCUUGUAAGCAGAAGAAUUCUUUACUCAGAAAACAUUGAUAUCGUCGUCAUAUGCCAAUAACCCAUUAUGUUCAUUGAUUGAAUCUGGAAUGUGUCUUACAAAAUUCUAGUUUUGUGGGUAGCAUGGGGUAAAUGUCUUUGAUACACGACUGAAUGGCUGGUCUACAUUCCAUCAUUCAAAAACACAAAGGCUGUAUGUUUUAGUGUGUAUUUAAUUUUCUAAAACCAACUGCUGCUGUCGAAUUAUUCCAUUGCGUUCUGUUAUCCGUGAAGAAGAACAUUUGGAGGGAAGCCGUGAUAUAGUUGGAAUGCCUUUAAAGGCUGAAGCCAUUCAUACGUUUGUUGUGUUAGCUCACAUCUACCAGCGUAAGAGGAUGUAAAGUUAUCGUUUAUAACAAGAUUCAGAAUACCACUGCAAAAAAACGUUUUGAAAUCAUUUUUCUUGUAAAUUUUAAACUGGUUAUGAUCUGUGUGUUUCAUUCACAGAGGUGGUUGUUGCAGGUAUAGUUGACAUACAUGUAUGAAAGCAACAAACCAUCGCUUUGGAGUAUGGUACAUACAACGACAGUUAUUGUUUCCUGGUAAGCUAGAUCGAGUUCUAUCCACUGUAAACCUGGACCUGUAAGGAUAAGAAACUCAUUUCUUGUUGAAACCUUAGGAGUACAUUGAGACAUAAACAAAUUCUGGGUUUUUAUUCUGUUACAUGUCCGGUUAACAGAUUUAAAUGUUGUAUAAUCAUAAGGAAAAAAAUGGUUAUCUAGUAAACAUUCAUUUACCGCCCGUUUGCCAUUUGUUCAUUUACACAUUUUUUUUUCUGUUGUUUCCGAAACAUUGGAAAUAAAUUAUUCAAGUUAGAAACGCC